GCUGAAAUGAUCAAAUCUACCAAUCCUGGGAGUUAUGCCUUGGUCACUUGGACUGCAGAUUCUGGUAACGUGACACCCCGUUUCAAGGCUUGCUUUUUCUCCUUUGCUGCACAAGUUAGGGGUUUCUUAAGAGGUUGUAGGCCUAUCAUAGGCAUUGAUGGUGCACAUUUGAGUGGAUACUAUAAGGGAAUUCUCCUCACUGCAGUUGCUAUCGAUGGGAAUAAUGAGAUUUUUCCAUUAGCCUAUAGCAUUGUGAGUACGGAGAGUAUGGACACAUGGUCCUAUUUUUUCAGAAGUUUGAAGGCUUUGUUUGUUCAACAUGGGUGCCAGAGGGAUGACUGGACUUUUAUUAGUGACAGAAUGAGGGGAGUAGAAUCUGCUUUGUAUGAUGUUUUCCCCAAAGCAGUCAGGAGGGUCUGUGCUCAGCAUCUGUAUACCAACUGCAGACAAGCUGGAUACAGUGGCACAGCCUUCCAUGACUUGUUCUGGGUUGCUGCUGAUGCAUACAAUCCAUAUGUCUUCAACAAAGCCAUGGAAAAGAUUGGCAAACUCAUCCCAGAAGCAGUGGGAUAUCUUGACAAAGUGCCUGAACAGUGGUCCAGACACAAGUUUGAUGUUGGGGUCACUUGUGAUCACAACACCACCAACUUUGUGGAAUCCUUCAACGCGUGUACCAAACCCUUUAGGGAUCUUCCUGUUUUGUCACUUCUUGAAGAAAUAAGGUCUUGGUGCAUGACGAAGAUCGGGGCCAGAUUUGAUAAAGCUGUUGACAUUGGACCCGAUCAAUUGACGCCAUAUGCUACUAAGGAGCUUGAAGAGAGGAGUGCUGACUCGAGGUUCUGUUAUGCAACUAAUGCUGGGGGGGGUGAAUUUGAGGUUUUAGAUGGUCAUGUGAAGUUCCCUAUUAGGCUUGCUGCUAGAGUUUGUGGUUGUGGGAAAUGGCAAGGGUGUGGUAUACCUUGCAAGCAUGCUAUUAGGGUAAUAUACCAUCAAAGACUCAAUCCUACAGAUUUUGUUUCUCCUUACUUCAAAGGGGCAGCCUAUAAGCUCACAUACUCAGAGCAUAUUCACCCCAUGCCUGACUCAACACAGUGGCCUACAUUUGAGCUACCUAGGAUUCUUCCCCCACUAAUGAGAAGGGCAGCUGGCAGACCAGCCAAGCAGAGAAGAAGAGGUGCUCAUGAGAAGAAGAGGGGGAAAAGAAACACCAUUGUCAAGUGUGGGAAAUGCAAGCAAAUUGGGCAUAACUCAAGAACCUGUAAAGGAGGUUCCACUGCAAAACAGAGGAAAGAAUCUGCUGCAGCUGCUGCUGGUUCUGCUGGUGCAUCAACAUCUGGUGCUAGGAAGAGGAAGGCUCCAACAUCUAAUGCAUCGAGCAGCAAGAAGUCCAAAGCUGCAUAACUAGAAGUAAGCUUAGGAUUCAGUUUAGUAUUUUUGUU